CGUCACCUCUCCGCGCCUGUCACUCCUCGGAGCAGGAUCCAUCAUGGCGUCGGGAGCAGGACAGUCGUCCUCUGGGCACGAUGCUGAACUGGACGAAUUAUUGGACAGUGCGUUGGAUGACUUCGACAAAGCAGCAGCUCCUCCCCCAGCUUCAGCUGCCUCCGCUUCAGCAGCCAGUGGAGCUGAAAAGCCUCCGCUUCUUGAAGACUGUAAGCUGUUUGAGACUCUUUUCGAGGGGGAGAUGGCGAACCAGGCGCGAGAGGAGUGGGAGAAGGCCAUGAGUGAACUGGCCCAACAGGAGCCAGAGCUGCUCGAGCAUUUUCAGAAACUGUCAGAGGCUGCAGGGAAAGUCGGCACAGACACCGCCUCUCAGCAAGAAUUCACCUCAUGCCUAAAAGAUACACUCAAGGGACUGGCCAAAAAUGCAGACAACCUCCAGACGUCGGGUUUGGCUGGAGAAGACCUGGUCAAGGCUCUGGAGGGUCUGGCGUUAGAAGAAGGAGGCGAAGGAGGAGACGACGGUAAUAUUCUUCCCAUAAUGCAAUCCUUCAUGCAGAAUCUACUGUCCAAAGAAGUCCUGUACCCAUCACUCAAAGAGAUCACCACCAAGUAUCCUGAAUGGUUGGAAACAAAUAAACGAACCCUGAGCUCUGAGGAUUUCCAGCGCUAUGAGCAGCAAGCCACAAUCAUGGGAGACAUUUGUAAACUGUUUGAGAAGGAGGAGGAGGGAGCGUCCGAUAAAGAGAGGACCUUUGAGACCAUCAUGGACCUAAUGCAGAAGCUGCAGGAGCUUGGUCAGCCUCCCAAAGAGCUUGCAGGAGAUGCGCCUCCCGGUCUAAACUUCGAUAUGGAGUCUCUGAACCUCCCUGGAGGACCAGCAGGGGGCCCUGAUCAGUGUUCGGUCAUGUGACUUGGUUUCACCUCGGACUAAAUCACUGGAGUAAAAGUCCCUCACUGAGAAACUACAGAAGAAGAGAAGAGGAGACAGGCCGUGGUUUCUGAGACUGGAGCCCUUAAAGGUUUAAAUCACAAGGCCAAAAGAGAAGUUACAGGAGCGGACACUACACUACACCAAUGCUCUGUCCACACGUUUAAAGGUAUUUUACGUGUAAAUAAGCCAGCAGGAGGUGCAAGGACCCCAGCUGCAGCUGUUUUGAUGAGUAAAGCGAUUUAAAUAAGGCUAACAAAUAUUGCUGCUAACAAUCUGGUGGGAUAACAUAAACUAAAAAACAUUGCUAAAUGUACGGUACUAAAAGCAUACUAACAUAGAAUAUUCUCAUCUCAAACACAAGUGCUGCCAGUUCAAAAUUGUAAAGAGACAUUGUUUUGCGGUUAUGCUAUUUGGACCUCUUUUACUCCUAAAGGUGCAUUGUGUAACUUUUCUGGUAGGAUGUUUUUCCCCAUGGAGAUGUUAUUGCUUUAUCUGGAAAGUUUCAGAGUAUGGUAUUAAAGCUUUCUAUCUUCAUGGAGACCAAACUAGACCAUGUUACAGGUCAGAUCUGUGGAGAGGCGACCCAGCUCACAGUCAGAAUGCCUGUUUUUCUAGAUAUUUUUGAACUAUAAAACCACCUGUAAUUGUAUAAAUGUAAGGUAGAGAUGUUUAAUGUCACAUGGAACUUUUCAGGCAGAGCAAUGACAUAUCCAUAGAACCAAGCAGGUGACGGAGCCCCAAACAAAAAGUUACACAGUGCACCUCUAUGUGAGUACAGUCUAACUAUGCAAUUGACCAAAUUACUGUAAAAUAAGGACUACGAUUGCAAAGAAGUCAAAAUCCCAGUUUUAACUGUUGUAAGUGGACCUGUAAUUAUUUAAAGUAACAUCAUGUAACUUUUUAACUGCUGCAUGACUCCAUGGACAUAAAACCUUCAAACCAUAAUUUGGAACAUUCUUCUUAAAGAUAGAUACAUUUCUUGCCUUACAAUGGAACAUUUUGGCAAAGCUAUUUAAUGUCCAUGGUGACAAUCAAACCAAAUUUGAGUCUAUUUUAUGGAGAUGCAAGUCAGCUCACAGUAAAGAUACAUGUUUUUUUUUUUCAAGAUUUAGCUAAAAAGUUACACAGUAAAGCUUUUUAAAUAAUAUAAAAGUCUCUGCAAAAAAUAAAGUAUCCCCUCUCCAUAGAGCCCUAUAGUUUUUACCUGUUCGGAUUCUUGUAGUCUAGUUUCAUCUUCUAUCAAAUGUUAUUGUUCCUUGUUUAAAAUAUGCACUAAAUUAACUAAUUUGCAAAUGAACAACAUAAUGAUACUAAAAAUGAUCCUUACUUUAAUGAGACUCGCAAUCUCAGUCCUAAUAAUCUGUUAAAUUAUUAUAGUUGGGAUGAAUACCUGCCCGUGUGGACAGAGCUUGUAACUGCACUGCUUGUACUGUGAACAUGACACCAGUGUAUUUUUGAACUGCGUGGAGGGGCUGAAGUUCAUUCAUGGCUUGGUUGGUUUUAACUGGACUUUUCCAUAGAUGCUUGCUUAGCACUGCCCUACGAAGUUUUCUUUUCUGUUUUUACAAUACACUUUAGCCUCUUUGAAUACAAUACUAAAUAAACCGGUAAACAGGUAACUGCUGUGCCUUUCACAAUAAAACAACCUCAGAGACAUUUAGAGACUCCCUAAAAUUUCAACAUUUGUCUGGGAGUGGGACAUGACGUUCUGCUGUAACCAUAAAAACCCCAACAACCCCCUUUUAACAGUGUUUUCAGAAUUCACCUGAGCUGUCAGAUCUAAAAAAAACAGACAUUAUGACAAGACAGAGCAAAUUUAGACUUAGAAUUACAACAAAAAUACAUGAAGUUUUUCUUUUAUUUGUCCAAAAUGUAUUUAUAUUAAAAGGAGGCCCAUGUAAUUCCCAGAUUUCUGUCGAUGGGUUAGCAAUGAUGAUUUUUGUCAAUAUAUUUUUUCACAAUCAGGUUAAGGUUAAGGUUAGCGUCAGGGUUAGGUUAGCAACAAGUAAGUUUAGAGUUUUUGUGAUAGGUCUGCUAACCAAGUCUGAGCUGUAAUUUUUAGACAUAAGAACAUUAUAAGUAAAUAAAUACAGUUAACUAAUACCGUCAAUAUCCCCGAACCUUAAAAUGUACUGUAAUUAUGUCUGUUGAUUAUGAAAUGAACUCCACAGAAAAAUAGCACACAGCAGUUAAUUGGCUUUGAUCACUAAGCUAAGAUAAGCCCCACCCCCGGACGAAAUGCCGAGAAUUUAGGGUUUAGGAUCCUGAUACAUUAGGGUUAGUGUGAGCUGAACUGAAACUACUGUAGUGGGGAGUUUUGAUUUGAAAGUGAGCUUGGGCUGCACAUUGUUAUGGAUGCAUGCCAUAUAGAAUACAUAGAUCAUUCCCUUUUACGUAACUAUAAAACAGCGGUUGAAUUGAAUUGUUUUGGGAGAACUUUGGGGAGAGUAACGUGGUGGGACUGUGUCAUUCAUUUUCUUUCAAAUUUGUGCAAUGAAAAUUAAUACAUAAGUUUCAGGUAAUUUAAGCAAUUCCUUUAAAGUGGGACUAAACACCAAAAGUCCGUUUCAAACGGAGCUGCUAAUGAGGAGGUAUAAGGAGCAGUGUGAUUGGUCUAACAGGUAUCCACACUUCAAACUCCAGCCCAAACUUACAUUUAGGAGUUUUUGACCAGAAAGCUGCAAACUGACCUCAUCUGCAGUGAAGUUGCCAAAGAAUCACUAGGAACAGUAGAUCACGCUAUUAAAACAUCAUAUACACAGUUCGAAAUAGUGGACUUGGUGUUUAGUUCCUCUUUAAUGGUGCACUGCGUAACUUCUCAGGUUGAGGAUCUGCUACCAUAGAGGUGCUAUUUUUUUGCCUGUAAUGUUCCACAAUAUGGUAUUAAACUAUAUCAGAUGCAUUUAUACAAUCGUGGGUGUUUUUAUUGCUCAAAAAUUCCUUUAAAAACAUGCGUUCUGACUGUGAGUGGGGGUCGCCUCUUCGAAGAUCGAACCUGUAAAUUGGCCCGGUGGCAUCUCCUGCUUGUUUCUAUGGAGACUGCAAAGUUAAAUAUUGGAGGUAAAGCAGUAACAUCUCCAUGGAGACAAGUAAUUGGCGGGCUGUCUACCAGAAAAAUUACACAGUGCACCUUUAAGGCAUUCACUCCAGCAAGAAAGGCGGAGGACAGAUUUUCCAAUGAAUUUUUUUUCUAUUAACAAAAUGCAAUGUUUUUUUUUGUUUUUAAUUUUAAUUUAUGCAGAUAAAAUGAGUAAUAAUAAUUUUAAAUGUGUGGAUCUGUUUAUUGUCACUAUAAUGUGCAGCCCUGUGUUUUGAAUUUGCAGUUCCAUAGCACCUCCAUGUUUACAUAGUCUAUGAUCUGAGUGUGAUUUUGCCCCCACCUUAUCAUUUGUACAUAAUGUAGUAGCUAUAGUCAAAAAAAAAAAAAGCUUGUAAAUACACAAAUAAAAGAGUGUACAUUUGUUGAAUAAUUAAAUAAUUGUCCAAAGUGAAUGUGAUUCACGGUUCAUUAAUGUUGCAGCAACAAUAAAAUCAUGUUAUUGCCAGUUUUUAAGCCAAA